AUGGCUUUGCAAGGCCUUGUGGACUGGAAGGGACAACCUGUUACGGGAAAGAGGCAUGGUGGAGUGAGAGCCAGCGUGUUCAUCCACGUCCUCAUUGUGAUGGCAAAUAUAUCAAAUAUACCACUGAUAUUGAACCUAGUGAGCUACUUACAUGGGACGAUGCACAUGGGUGUCAAGGACGCAUCAACCACUUCCACCAACUUUUUUGGUGCAAUCUGUUUCUUCUCCUUACUUGGCGCCUUCAUCUCGGAUUCCUAUAUCAAGCGCUUCUACACCAUCCUCAUCUUCGCACCCAUUGAGAUCAUGGGUUACGUGCUCCUAGCAUGCCAAGCACACUUCCCGUCGCUUCACCCGCCGCCGUGCGACAUGAUCAACCACCCCAACCAGUGCACUGUGGUAAGCGGCCGCAAUUUGAGCUUGCUCACCCUGGGCCUGUACCUGAUCCCUGUCGGCGAGGGCUCAAUGCGCGCAUGUGCGGCAGCGCUGGGCGGCGAUCAGUUCGACGGUGAGAACCCGGCGGAACUGCACGCCAAGAUCAGCUACUUCAACUGGUUCGCCUUCUCCAUCUCGCUGGGAGGGUUCGUGGGUCUCGUCUUCUUGGUGUGGGUGCAGGACAACGAGGGAUGGGGACUCAGCUUCGCGCUUGCUGCUCUCAUGGUGUUCGUCGGCAUGGUCGUCGUCGGUUUUGGCUUGCCAUUCUACCGGCACCAGAAGCCCAUGGGGAGCCCCCUCACAAGAAUACUUCAGGUUUUCGUAGCUGCGUUUCGGAAGAGGAAGCUAUCAAUACCUGAGAAUCUAAUGGAGAUGCAUGAGCUCACUGAUGGCACGGGCAAGAGUGUUGAAUUGAUGGAGAGAACCCCAGACUUCAAUUGGUGUGGUGACAGUUUGACCAACUUUUCAUCGCCACAUACUCUACAUUAUUCAAGGUUUCUGGACAAGGCGGCGGUGGACGACGGCGACAAGCGGGCGUGGUCGCUGUGCACGGUGACGCAGGUGGAAGAGGCCAAGAUCAUCCUCCGCAUGCUGCCCAUCUUCCUCAGCUCCAUCCUCAGCAACGUCUCCAUCCCGCUGCUCCUCUCCCUCACCGUGCAGCAGGGCGGGGCCAUGGACACCCGCCUCGGGGCCAUCAGCAUCCCGGCGGCGAGCCUCUUCGUCGUCCCGAUCGUCUUCCAGAUGCUCACGCUGGUCGCCUACGACCGCGCCAUCGUGCCGUGGCUGCGCCGCGUGACGGGGCGCGCUGGCGGCGUCACGCACCUGCAGCGCGUGGGUGUCGGGUUCGUGUUCAGCGUCGUGGCGCUCGCGGUGGCCGCCGUGGUGGAGGGCCGCCGCCGCAGGGGCGUGGCCGCGGCCGCCACACCGAUGUCCGUGUUCUGGCUGAUCCCGCAGUUCUUCCUCCUGGGCGUCAUGGACGUCACCUCCUUCGUCGGCCUGCUCGAGUUCUUCUACAGCGAGGCGUCCGCCGGCAUGAAGUCCAUCGGUGGUGCCAUUGUCUUCUGCAUCCUUGGCGUCUCGUCGUGGCUUGGGAGCUUCCUCAUCCAGGUGGUCAACCACGCCACCGCACACCGUGGUGGGGGCCAUGGCUGGCUCGACGGCGCGAACCUCAAUGCCAGCCGCCUCGAUCUGUUCUACUGGCUCCUCGCCGUGUUUGGGCUCGUAUCCUUCUUUCUCUACUUGCUCUGCUCGUGGAGGUACGUCUACAGACAUGAUCCGAGGAUGCAAGAAGCCACAUUAAAUGACGACGAUAUAUAA